GCUCGCCAACAGCUGGUCACACCGCCGUGCAGCUGUUAUUGGUUCUAAAAACACAAACAACAACAAGUAGAGAUAGAGGCAACAGCUACGAUUGUAAUCGCACGAUGUUAACACUUAAUUGAGGCUCACCUCGCACAACACCUAACCACAACAGCAGUUAUAAAUGCUGAAGCAGAAAGAGAACCACUAGCAGCAGCAGCAGCAGCCGAUGUCGAAACCAAGGAGACUUCAACAAAAACAACAAACAUUAUAAGAAGGCUGUGAAGGUCGCCGCCAAAGAACAAAUGUGUUGGAGAGAAUUAAGAGAGCGAGCUAAUUAAAUAGCAGCAGAAAACAAAGCGAUCGCCAAAAGACUGUAGCUACACGGAGACGGAGUCGGAACCGGAGAUACUAGCCUAAUUCUUUUCGAGCUAAAAUUUGGCACACAUCUUACUUUAUAUGCUUUAUGAACGUCACACAUCUGGGUCACAGAAUAUUUGGUGUUUUUACUGAGAGACUGUCUGAGUCGGAGUCUGAGUCCGAUGGCCGUUAACCUGAAAGCCCUGCUGGGCAUGGUCUUUGUCUUUGUGGGAUGUUGCAGCAACGUUGUGUUCCUAGAGCUAAUCAUCCAGAUCGAUCCGGGUGCCGGCAAUCUGAUAACAUUCGCCCAGUUCCUCUUUAUCGCCCUGGAGGGCCUCGUCUUUACGUCCAAGUUCUUUACGGUGAAGCCGAACAUCGCUCUGAAGGACUAUGUGAUACUGGUGCUGUUAUUCUUUGGGGCGAAUGUCUGCAAUAACUAUGCCUUCAACUUCAACAUACCAAUGCCGCUGCACAUGAUCUUUCGCAGUGGAUCGCUGAUGGCCAACAUGAUAAUGGGGAUUAUAUUGCUGAAGAAACGCUACAAUCUGCGGCAGUACAGCUCUGUGGCGAUGAUCACAGCUGGUAUUAUCCUGUGUACGCUUGUCUCCAGCGGCGAUGUCAAGGACAACACCCACCAUUCACUGCGGGUGGAGACCUCAUAUUCGGACUUCUUCUGGUGGUCGGUGGGCAUUGCCCUGUUGACGAUCGCCCUGCUGGUUACCGCCUACAUGGGCAUCUAUCAGGAGGUGAUCUACAAGCGAUAUGGAAAGCAUCCCAAUGAGGCACUCUUCUAUACACAUAUGCUGCCACUGCCGGGCUUCCUCAUCAUGGCCGGCAACAUUGUCCAGCAUUUUGGCAUUGCCCUGUCCUCCGAAACGGUCACGGUACCACUGUUGGGUGCCAUCGGUUUGGAAUGGAAGUUCCCGCUUAUGAUAUUCUAUCUGCUGUGCAAUGUGGUUACCCAGUAUGUGUGCAUCAGUGCCGUCUAUCUGCUGACCACUGAGUGCGCCUCGCUCACCGUCACCCUGGUCGUUACGUUGCGAAAGUUCGUUUCGCUUCUCUUCUCGAUCAUUUACUUCCGCAACCCGUUCACCCUCAACCACUGGCUGGGCACCGUUCUCGUCUUCUUCGGCACCAUCCUCUUUGCCAAUGUGAUCAACCAGGUGAAGGACGCCUACCAGGCCCGUUCCAUUGGAAAGAAACAGCGCUUCGAGACAGCUCCCAGACCAAAGAAGGUUGAUUAAGCGGCGGGCUGACUAAGGUUGUUCAGAUGCGGGUACAGUGCGGUACGGCACUGUAAGUUGCUGCAGAGGCCAUUACCAAUUAAUGAUUAAUUGUAUAGUCCUAGAGCCUUGUUUGUACAUAGAAUACUUUUAAAAUUUUUGUAUACGCUUAGUGAAUAAUCGUGUUUUUUUUCUCGUAACCGUCUCAAGUUCUAAAUUCUUGUAUUGAUAUGUAUCUUUUUUUUCUGUUUUUUUAAAUAAAAUUCUCGUGUAUGUAAAAUACCAAAUGAUCAACAAUGAAAAAAGA